GGCACUGACUGGCAUCACUGCUGGGCACUGACUGGCGGCACUGACUGGCACAACCCCUGGGCACUGACUGGUGGCACUGACUGGCAGCACUGGUGGGUGGGCACAGGUGGGUGGCACUGCUGGGCACAGGUGGGUGGCACUUCUGGGCACAGGUGUGUGACACUGCAGAGUGGCACAGGUGGGUGCACUGCUGGGCACAGGUGGGUGCACUGCUGGGCACAGGUGGGUGAUCUGCUGGGCACAGGUGGGCGGAGCUUGCGGGUGGCACUGCUGGGCACCGAUCAUCAGGGCACUGAUCAUCAGUGCCCUGAUGAUCGGUGCCGAUCCCCGCUCUGACAACUGCCGGUUCUCGGCAGUACUUUCCUCACGAUCUGACAGCGUGAGGAAAGUGCAGCCGAGAACCGGCACUUGCAU